CGCCACCCCAGCCUCCACCCACAUCCAUCCUCAAUGGACCCUCUCUGUGCCACAAGCUCACAACAUCCCAGAUACGAUUACGAAACGGUCAGUAGGUCUUAGACCGCUGUAGGAGGAUCGCCUGCUUUCAAACGUGAUAUCAAGAAUGGAUCACAAAGGAACGGAUAGUACUACCAAGCCGAAGAUGGACGAUGGAGUCGAUGGCAAAAAUUCGAGGGCGGGAGAUGGGUUCGACAGCCUCUUAGAGAUCGUCGGCUCCAGGGGCAGAUACCAACACAAACUCGUCUAUUACGUUCUGUCUCCGAUCUGCUUUUUCUUGGGCUACAGCACUUGCCAGCUUUUAUUCCAAGUAGCUGUUCCGGAUCACUGGUGCCAUGUACCAGGGAGAGAAAACACAACCCUUUCAGAGAAGGAAUGGAUGGACUUAACUAUACCCAGAAUCAGCAAUACCACUCAAUACUCACAAUGCAGUCGUUACUCACUGAAAUGGACUGAAGAGGCGAAUUCAACAUUUGAAAUCAGCGGCGAAACAGAAAGGUGUGGCGAUGGAUGGGACUUCGACCAGGGCCAGUUUUGGGCAACGGUGGCUUCAACUAACGGGUGGGUCUGCGAACAAGGAAGUGCACACAACAUCUUGACGAUAAAUAUAGCGGGAAAUGCAGUCGGCACUUUCAUUUUUCCAAUGUUGGCUGACAGGGUAGGUCGACGGCCCAUAUUUUAUGCAUUGCUAACCAACCACCUAGUAUUUACACUUGCUUACAUAUGGAUGCCUAUAUACAGUUUGCACAUGAUCUUCAGAUUUCUACGAGGGUUUAUCGAACUGACCAUUUACCUCAUACCUCAUAUUACAGUGAUGGAAGUCCUGGAUCCGGAGGACCGAGCCAAAGCCACUACCAUUGGCUGGGUCUUUUGGAUAAUAGGAAUGUGUGUGACUUCUUUGAUUGCUUGGAUCAUCCCACACUGGCAAUACUUGGCAAUGUCCUCUCUCGUCGCUCCAGCCUUUGGUUUCCUGUACUGGAACCACCUUCCGGAAUCUCCAAGAUGGCUUCUUUCCAAAGGGAGACUUGAUGAAUGCACAGAAAUGAUGAGGAAGAUAAGUGAAAUCAAUGGGCAGAAAGACAUAUCCAGAGGGGAUCUUGAGAAACUUAUCCUUGACCUGAAUGACCAGAAUGAGAAAGAAGUGUCCUUCAUGAAGGUGUUCAACUACUCAAAACUGAGGCUGAGAAGCAGCAUGAUCUUCAUUUUGUCUCCCUGUCUCUACUUGGUAUAUGGGAUCACAAUGUUUGGAAUCAACGUCUUACCCGACAACCAAUUUCUGAGCCACUUCAUCCUCUCAGCAUCUGAACUCCCAAGUAAUGGCUUGGGCUUGGUGCUUCUCCAUUACACUGGUCGAAGGAUGACCUGCUACAUCACAUUCAUCACAACUGCCAUUUGGUGCGUGGCGGCCCUCUUUUGCACACACAAUCAGUGGUUGAUGGUGGUAACCUUGGCUUUAAUAAAAUUCUUCAUAACAACUGCUCUUCUUGUUAUGUAUGUCAUAACUGCUGAGAUCUUCCCAACACCUGUCAGGUCAUCUGGGCUAGGAAUCAUGGGUCUGACAGGACUGGUAGCAAUGGCAAUGGCCCCAUCUGUGUUAAAUGCUGGCUUAGGCCCUACUUUCCAGUACUGGGUUAUGCUGGGUCUCUUGGGUGUAAGUCUCUUGACAUCACUCGCAUUGCCAGAAACUCUGGGGCUUCCUCUGCCUCAAACAUUCCAGGAAGCUGAAAAUAUUGGCAAGGGACGUCCACUCACCACCUGGGUCCAUCACUGGAAUCAGCAUAAGUAUCCUGGAAGGAAGCACUCCAAAGUUGAUCUGGCAGUCAGUUCUGAAGAAAUAAACAAACUUACAGCUGUCAGUUAACUGCCGACUCUUAAUCAGGUCCUGAACCUGAAUAGGGAAAUGCGACCACAUUAUAGUGUACAAAUGUAUUUAUCCGAAAUAUUUUUGGUGUUUGCCUAGGAGACCCUGUGGGGUUUUGUGAUAUCCUUUAAUGUAUAGCGCUGGUAUCCAUUGUUUAUGAAACACUAAUCUACCUAAGCUAAUCAAGUAAGUUUUUGUUGUAGUCUUCUGAUGUUUGACUGAAAUACAUAAGAGGCUAAUGAUGCUGAUAAAAUAAUGCAUAAUACAGUAUAAAGGGUGCAUGUAAAAAAAAAAAUGUUCUGAUUCAAGAAAAGAGGACAUGUUUUAAAGUUGUCAUUUUAUAUCUCUUAAAUUUCCACAAAGAUAAGUUCAGUACUAUAGCCCGUUUUUAAAUACCAAAUAAUUUUGCUUCCAAGAAUUAAAAUUUCACAAUCAACAUAUCAUACACUCUCAGAAAAUGACACAUUAUCCUAUGCCCAACUCUGCCACCCUCUUUUAUGCCCCAUUUCCCUUCUACAUUUUACAUUAUUCCAACAGUUUCAAGCCAAAUCAUGUUUAGUAAUUUACUUUUCAUAUAAGUAGAUCUUUUUCACUCAAUUCUUGAGCAACAGUUUUGCAAACCACAGUCAAUUUGAAUUUUUUGUAUAUAUAUUAAAUUGACACUUUAAAUGAAAAAUUUUGCAUCUAUUACUAUAUUUGAAAAAGGAAAAUUAUUUUUCUGACUUUGGAAAUCCUUUGAAAUGUAUGAUAACUACUUAGUCAUGAGAUCAUUACAAUUCAAACAGUAUGUGUGUAUAUAAUAUACUAAUGUAAACAUCUCAAUCCAUAAACAACUCUGUAUAGUCCUUCAACAUUCUACUGACAAAAAAGAAUGAUAUCAUGAUUUAACCUUUUUUAAAUAAAGUGAAAACUUCUGUAUGUUAAA